AUGAACAAAAUUCUUUUACUCUCAGCUGCCUUGGCAGGUGCUGUAGUCAAUGCUGCAGUCUUUCCACAAGAAGCUACUACUGAAAGCCAAAUAUCAUCUACUCAUGACAGAAGAGACUAUGGACCACCAGGCGUGGGCUACUAUCGCUUCUGCAAAGACAAAUACUGCACUUUAGACUGCUCAAUAAACUUCAGAACGACAGACACAGGCUGUAUCAACGGAGGUGAUUUCCAAUCGAUGCAAGUACACGGUGGUCUUGACCCUCUAACACAUUUAACACUCGUUACCACUCCACACGAUAGCUGUAGCUGUCAAGAUGCAUGCUGGCACGCUACUGGUCCUGAAUGUAUAGAGCUCCCAGACGACAUUAAGAACAAAGGAUCUUACCGUAUGGUUGGUCAAGAUAAUUGUUCAAGCAACAACUGCUAG